UGGAGGUCUGCAAAAUAGUGGAAGGGACAAAGAUACUCCAAGAGACUGACCUGGAGUCAGAUAAGAGCUCUUUUAGAGAGGACAUGCCAGCACCCACAUGAUCGAUGGUGAAUCACAAGUCUUAUCACGAUGAUCCUUACACAAAAGAGUUUGGCAUCAACAUCAGUGAGCGGCGUGCAUAGCUUGAGGCAUGGGUUUUACCUGCUCUUUGGCUUAAGUACAACACGGCCGGUAGAGAGAAGGAUUACCUGCCUAGUGUUGGCCAGUGGAACAUGAUGAACAAAAAAUGGUCAAUGGUGGUAAAGUCAGGAGCUGGAUGUACAAGACAGUGUUGGGAUUCUGUCGUGAACUCGCUCGCAUGUGGCAGGUCUCAGGAAUGGACUUUGCUCUGGAGCCUAUUCUUCUGGCUAUAUACGUGUGUCCGGAUCAGGUGGAGCGAGCUCUGAAAGCUAGGUUCCACGAUGUGGUGACCGUACUCGGACCGCACUACAAGGAGCUCAAACUGCUCAUUGGAAUAUUUCCUGAUGACAGUGGAUCACUCUAUGCGCGUCUGCGAGAUCGACCUCGGGCUGAUAUCUCAGUUUAUCUGACCAAGCAACUGUUUAAGAUGAACAAGCAGAUCCUGGCAAACCUUGCUCUAAAGAUCAAUGCCAAGGUUGUGGAAGGAACACUUUACUGGCUGAUGCGGUGUCGAGGUGCAUCCCUU